AUGGGGCACCUGCCUAAUCUAGUGUAUUUGACCCUGCGUUCCAUUCGGAAGGGCUCAUCCCUGUGCCCUAAUCCCUUCAAAGGGUUUACCCUCCGGAGUCACGGUCCGUUCUCUGAUUUGUUUGAUGGCAUGUUCAUCCCUGAAGUCCAGCCUGGUAACAAGUGGCAGCAUGAGGAGGCAUCUGUUCAGAUGUUUCGCUGCAUGAGAAAGAAGAACGGACUGGACAAAAUGAUAAAAGACUAUGGACUGAAUCUAGAUGAAGACAUUGUCUUCAUUGAGGAAUUAAUUCUGGGAUGCAACACUUCAGAUAGUAAGUGGACAGCGAGGGGAAGACCUGAAAACAAAUCCUUCCUGUAUGAGAUUGUGGCAAAUAAACUAAACGGCAUUGAUGUGGACAAAUGGGACUAUUUGUCUCGAGACUGUCAUUAUCUUGGAAUCCCAAACGGGUUUGAUCAUCAGCGUCUGCUGAAAUCUGCUCGGGUCUGUAAGGUGUAUGGGAGGAAUCAUAUCUGCUUCAGAGACAAGGUGGUAGAUAACAUUUAUGGGAUGUUUCAAACCAGAUACACUCUUCAUCGUCAGGCCCUUCGGCACAAGAUCGGCUACAUCAUUGACGUCAAGAUUAACAAAGCUCUCGUAAAAGCUGAUGACAAGCUGAGUCCAGAUCGCAAGAUCUCCGAUGCCAUAGACGACAUGCUAGAGUUCACCAAACUCACAGAUCACAUCUUUGAUCUGGAUGAAGCCAGAAGCAUUUUGGAGGACAUUGUCAUCAGACGUCUGCCAAAGUUUGUUGGAGAAGCCCGACUGAAUGAAAAUGAUUUAAAGGAAGAACUGAAGGCCAGAUUGAAAGAGCAGCCUGAUAAAGCCUCCAGGAUUCAAGUGUAUCAGGAAGAACUGCAAAAACAAUGGCGGGAAAUAAUCACAGACAAUAAUCCUCUGAAUGCUGAGGACUUUGACAUUUAUGUUCUUGACAUGGGUUUUGGUGAAGUGGGUAAAAAUCCCAUUGAUAAUGUUCAUUUCUACAGCAAGAAUGAGCCAAAAAAAGCCUUCAAGCUGGAGAAGUACCAGGUCUCCAGUCUCAAACCAAAAAGGUUUCAUGAAUAUCUUGUGAGGGUGUACUACAAUAAAACUGAUGGCAGUUAUCAGGAGGUCCAGCACAAAGCAGAGGAGAGCUUCCAUAAGUGGUGCAAGAGCAAUGAGUUCAUUGAUUCAGAAGAAGAGGAGUCUGUCGGAGAGCUGUCAGAAAACAAUCAAUCCUCCUCAGUCAAGAUUUUCAAUGACCCCAUUCAUGGUCACAUUGAGCUGCCUCAUCUGCUGGUGAAGAUCAUUGACGCUCCUCAGUUUCAGAGACUCAGACACAUCAAACAGCUGGGCACAAAGUAUCUGGUGUAUCCAGGCGCAACUCACACUCGCUUUGAACACUCACUUGGUAUGGCGUAUUUAGCUGGAAGUAUGAUCAAGGUUCUACAAGAGGAACAACAGAAGGCUCUUGAAAAGAUAAAGCAGGAUCUCAUUGAUGAAAAAGAUGUCCUGUGUGUCCAAAUUGCUGCUCUGUGCUACAAUUUAGGUCAUGGUCCAUUCUCUCAUCUUUAUGAGAAAUUGCACCGUGAAGCCCUAAAGCGUGAAGCGUGUGGCAGCAGUGGAGAUGGACAACAACAGGCUCAAUCAGAAGAAUUCAGAAGUAAGGAGCGUGAAAAGUGGAAGGUGGCCUCUUUCUGGAUGUUUCUGGACAUUGUUGAGAAGAAUGAUGAACUCAAACAGAAACUGAAUGAAAAAGAUCUCCUCUUCAUUAAUGAGUUAAUUGUGGGAGUUGAUACUGCAGAUCCAGAGUGGCCAGGGAAAGGCAGGUCUGAGGACAAGGCUUUCCUGUAUGAGAUUGUGAUAAAUAAAUGGAAUGGCAUUGAUGUGCACAGAUGGGACUAUUUUGCACGAGACUGUCAUCACCUCGGCAUCCCAAACAGCUUUGACCAUCAGCGCAUGCUGAAAUCUGCUUGGGUCUGUAAAGUGAAUGGGAGGAAUCACAUCUGCUUCAGAGACAAGGUGGCUGAUAAAGUUUAUGAUAUGUUUCAAACCCAGUACACUCUGUACAGCCAGGCCUACCAGCACAAGAUUGGCAAUAUCAGUCAGAAAAAAAUUAUAGAUGCCCUCUUAGAAGCUAAAGACAAGCUCCCCAAGAUCUCACCAAUUGCUGUAUCCAAAUUACAAGAUGAUAUCGAGAGAAAGAUCCAGAGGAUUACAGGAGCCUCUUCAGACACUCACGAAGAUGACAAGCAUCCAACACCCAGAGAGAUGAGAGAGUUCGCCAAACUGACAGAUCACAUCUUUGAGGAGAUAUUGUACUCCACUGAUGUCGGGCUGGAAGGUGCCCGAAAGAAACUUGAAGAUGUUGUCAAGAGACGCCUGCCAAAGUGUGUGGGAGAGACCAGACUGAUAAAAAGAGACAAACAUGCACACAAAAAGGCCCUAAAUCAGGCCCUACAGGAUAACUGGAAUAAAGCAGUGGACGAGUGGAACAAACUUCACCCAACUGUGUUCUUGGAUAAGAAGGAUUUCAGCACUGAAGUGAUUCAACUGGAUUGUACUUACAGCACAGGUAAAAACCCCAUCGACAAUGUCUAUUUCUACAGGAAAUGGAAUCUCACUGAAGCCUUCAAGAUUAAGAAAUAUGAGGUAUCCAGUCUGCUGCCAGAGGCAUUUACUGAACAUGUUGGUCGGGUUUACUACACAAAAAACUCUGAUGAGGAGGAGAAGGACGCAAAGGAGUGCUUUCAUUGGUGGCGCCGAGACAAGUGUAAGAUUCUGGUCUAUGAUCAGGAAGAGUUCAGAGGCAGUGAGCACUUGAUCACAGGAGAUUGUCCUUCAUUGGAUGCCUAUGAUAUAAAAGAGGUUCAGUCCUGUAAGGUGCACAGAGGUUUCUGGAUGCUCUAUGAGGGUCGUGACUACAGUGAGGCAGAGUACAUACUGCAGGAGAAGGAAGAGUUUCACAGUCCUAAAGAUUGGGGUUCCCGGUCCAAUGCUUCUGUUCUUUCUCUUAAACAUGUGAGAAAGUAAAAUCUGAGCAUUUAGCCCAUCCAUCUUCAGCUCUUGUUGACCAGUAGGGCUGUCAAUUUAAAACAUUAACAAUUUAAUGGUGUAAUCAAUGAUCUGCAAAAAUGUAACACUGCACUGCAUGCACUGCAGCUCCAAUUGAAAAGGAGAAUUAUUGAUUUAUUGCUUAAUUGUUAAUGUAAUUGCAGUGAUGUCAUUGUUUCCGUCAUACCUUUAUGUAACAUAAAUUUAGAGAGCAUGUAUUGUAACUAUGUGACGUAUCGACUGUCAUUGUUGUUUGUGUGCUGGAAGUCAAGAACAAGAACUCUGUGAUAUAUAUAUAUAUAUAUAUAUAUAUAUAUAUAAAGGUUUAGUGAUUGAUUUUUUAAUCUGUCUCUGAAUAUUUUAGUAGGGUGUUGCUGUUUUGUUGUCUUAUCCUCUGAACUGUGUGCUUUCCAGAUGAAUGGUAUUUUAAUUAUUAAUUAUUGAUGUAUUUAUCUGAAGGCAGGUUAUCGCCUCAUUAGACUGUUAUUAAUAAAGCUUAUAAAGAUAAAGACAAGACUAAAUGACUAUUAACAGCUCAGAAACAUGUUCACUGAAGAAUCAAUAAAUGUAGCACAUAAAUAUGAAAUGCAUUCAUGAAAUGUACUCAUUUUUGAAGGCAAGCAGGUCCUUUAAAUAAAGCAAAACGUGAGACGUGCGGAUCCAACCCUGAUAGCACA